AUGAAGGUGGGCCACAUGGUUGAAGUGAAGAACAUCAGCUUCACUAUCUACUGCCCCAAUCCUGCGGCCUGUCCUGGUGGCAACUCGUCCAACUUCUCCUUCAUGUGUGCCAAGGGCUAUGAAAACCGAUCUUGUGCCAGCUGUGCGAAGGGCUAUGCCAUCUCAGACAGCAGCGUGCUCUUGUGCACUCGCUGCCCUACAAAGUGGUGGCAACAGGCUUUGCAAUGGCUGUGCAUGCUUGGGAAGCAUGUGCUUCCCUUUGCCUUGGCUGCCAAAAGCGCUCUCCAAGGGUUGGAUGAAAAGGAUCGUGUUCAGGAGGAGGCCAAGCGCAGCGCAGUUCUCAUCAAUCAGCUGCUGUCCUUUGCCACCGUCACCGGCGGUCUCCUGACGGUCGUUGCCCAGACAAACGCUGUCGGGGAAAUCAAAUCUUGGGCAGCGAAAGCUGUUCUGGAGAUCUGUGGGGCGACAACCUGGCUGAUGGGUGGGGAAGGGCCCUCUGAAGGGUUCGGCGGCUUCGGCGUCUCCUCUCUUUGCUUGCUGACGGAUCUGGGUCUUUCUGGAGAGCUAUGGCAAGCCCACCUGCUUCACACUGCCAUUCCAUUGGCGUUAGUCUUGGGCUUGAUGUACUUCCGUCCAUCGACCCAGCACGGUCUUGUGGUGGUGGUAGGCUUAAAUUGCUUCUGGCCCGGAGUUUUCAGCUACUUUGGGAAGUACCUUUACUGCUACCAGUUUGCGCCAGAGAGCGCCGCAAAGCAGAAGGAAGACACAUACGAUUGCCCCUUCACUCAAGACCUUGGCCAGCGGAUCGCACUGCGCAUCAUCAUGGUUCUUGUCUUCCUGAUGGUAUCGCUUGUGUGGAUCGGCCUCUCACUUUACAAGAAGGAUGACAAAAAGCCACCGCUUCAUGUGAUCUUCUUGAGCCGAGCAUACCGACAGAGCUGCCACCUGUGGGAAUCCGAACGCCUCAUGAGGAAGGCGCUACUGACGCUGGCCGUCUCUGCUCUUCCCAUCACUUCCUCUCCCGCUCUACAACUGGUCUGCGUCCUCGGUGUUGUGGUGGUGUCUCUCUUCUUGUACGCGGCACUUUUGCCAUACAAGACGAUGCGCUUCAACCUCACCGAAUGCACGCUGCUUGCAACAGCAGCGCUGAUGACCGGGAUAGUUAGCUGCCUGACCGCUUAUGACGACUACUGGGGCCGCGUCUUGCAAGUGGAGUUCCUGUUGAUCUUCACCAUGGUGGGCCUUGUGGUUGUCACCUGCUUUGUGAUGAUGUUUAUGAUCUACCUGGAGUUGCGCCGGGAGUGGCGCAACCGUCCAGUGCCGAAGGAAGAACAGCCCUGGCUCUGGGGGACAUUCCUGCUGAGCCGCAGUUCGUUGACUAAUGAUCGAGACACAUCGUCUGGAGAUAGAGCCCAGAUGAGCCCAGUAGCCCUCAGUUCGUGA